ACACCCGUUUAAUUUUUUAUCAUCAGCCGUCACACACGUUUUUCGGUUGAAAUUACACAAUUAGUUUGCUAGAAGUAGUAAUUCCUUUUUUUAUAAAAUUAUUAAAUAAAAUCUCAACAAAAUGAUCCAGCAACAACGUCAAAGAAUUGAACAAGCUGUCACUGAAAUGAUCAAUGACAUGGACAGGACACAUUUGCGUAAAAUGCAGACCGAUAUGCAUUUGUGUGCCGCCAAAUGUUGCCAGGAUACCAGUGCCAGUGUAGAUAAUGUACAAAACUGUGUUGAAAGAUGUUCGGCUCCAUUAACAAGGGCCCAAAACUAUGUCCAACAUGAAUUGGGCGAAUUCCAAGGAAGACUGCAAAGAUGUGUAAUGCAAUGCAAUGAUGAUGUCAAGGUAAAAAUGCCACCAAAUCCAAGCGAAGAAGAAAUCAGUAAAUACACAGACCAGUUUGAACGUUGUGCCGUCAAAUGUGUUGAUAAGCACGUCGGCUUAAUACCCACAAUGAUGAAAACAAUGAAAGCUGUACUGGCGAAAGGACCUGAGGGAAUACCACAAGUUUAAAUUUUUGGUUGCUUGAUUGUUUGAUGGCAUUUCUUGCGUUUAUUACACAAAACAUUUUACAGUUAUAAGUGUUAAUUUUUAGUUAUUUUAUGAACAAAUCUAACAUAGCACGUAUACCUCAUUACGUGACAUUAUAAAAUGUUUAGUUGUUAAUAAUAAAAAGAAUAAUAAUGGAAAUUAAAAUAA